UAUUCCCGAUCCCAUUCAAAUUGUCACUUGGGGCAAGUAGGUACUCGUUGCAAAAGUAAAAAUGAACUAGCGCGUACUUGCCGGAGCACUUAGUCUGCGAAAAUGGGUAGAUGUUCGUAUGGAUUUUCAGCUACUAUCCUAUUUUUCAUUUUGCAUAUGCCCUCGGCUUAUCUUGCGUGGGAUGAGAAUCUGAACCACCAAGAUGCAUAUUCACCGGCCAUGGAUGGCUUCGGGAUUUCUCAGUCUUAUAGGGAACAUUCACAGGAAAUUCUCCAGAUGGCAAAGAGAGAAGAGACUUUUGAUUGGCUUAAACACAUACGCAGAAGAAUUCACGAGAAUCCCGAGCUUGGAUACGAGGAGUUCGAAACCAGUGCAAUCAUACGAAGCGAACUGGAGAAAAUUGGUGUCAAAUACAGGUGGCCACUUGCAGAGACGGGAGUGGUGGCCUUCAUAGGCUCCGGAGCUCCUCCUUUCGUUGCACUCAGAGCUGACAUGGAUGCUCUACCUAUCCAGGAGGCUGUUGAGUGGGAGCACAAGAGUAAAAUUCCUGGGAAAAUGCAUGCCUGUGGACAUGAUGCACAUGUCACCAUGCUCCUGGGUGCUGCAAAGAUAUUGCAGGAGCGGCAACAUAUGUUGCAGGGAACUGUUGUCCUAAUUUUUCAACCAGCAGAGGAAGGACGUGGUGGAGCAAAAAGAAUGAUAAAAGACGGGGCAUUAGAAAAUGUAGAAGCUAUAUUCGGAAUUCAUGUCUCCAGCAGUUAUCCAACUGGCGUUUUUGCUUCCCGACCUGGGCCAUUGAUGGCAGGAUGUGGUUUCUUCAAGGCAAUUGUAACUGGGAAGGGAGGUCACUCAGGAAUUCCCCAACAUGCAGUUGAUCCUAUUCUGGCAGCUUCUGCUUCUGUUGUCAGCCUUCAACAACUUAUAUCCCGGGAAUCUGACCCCUUGGACUCACAGGUGGUAACAGUGGCUGCACUCAAUGGAGGUAAUGCCUUUAAUGUAAUUCCAGACUCUGUUACAAUCAGUGGCACAUUUCGUGCCUUUUCAAAAGAGAAUUUUUAUAGACUCAAGCAAAGAAUAGAGGAGAUUAUUGUAGGUCAGUCCCUUGUCCACAGGUGCACAUCAACUGUGGAUUUCUUAGAAAGAGAAUAUCCAUUUGAUCUGCCGACUGUCAAUGAUAAAGACAUGUAUGAUCAUAUGUCUAAAGUUGCAGUUGAUUUGGUGGGUACAGAUAAUCUGAAAGUCAUUUCUCCUGAAAUGGGCGCAGAAGACUUCUCUUUUUAUUUAGAGAUUAUACCUGGAGCUUUCUUUUUCAUUGGAAUGAAAAAUGAGACAUAUGGAUCUAUUCAUGUAGAACAUUCUCCAUUCUAUACUAUUGAUGAAAAUGUUCUCUCGCUUGGUGCUGCAAUUCAUGUUGCUGUGGCUGAAAGAUACCUCAAUGAUGCCAAGUCAAAGGUCACUUACUCUUCAGGAGCAGUCUUUUCCCAAUAAAGUUGUAAGUAAAAUUCCUGGGGCUAUGUGCUGCAGGAACUCAUCCCCGCCCCAACUCCUAGUUUCCUCACCCUUAUUGCAAUCCCCAUCCCCAUCCCCAUCCUCAUGCUAUUUUCCUAUUCAAGUAUUGUCUUAGAAUUUGAGGGUUCUUCUAGGCAUCCUUCUUUUGUGUUCCCUCAUUUGUUCCCUGUGAAACAUAAGAAAUACUAAAUUCUUCGUACUUUGGACUUGGUUCCCUCAGUUGCUAUGAAAAUACAUUUCCAAGCGUAUGACUGGUUAAUUGUUGGUGUUUAUCUGUUUUCAGUGAAGCUUGAGUUAAAAUGCUUCAAGCUUUUCAGAAUGUAUACUCAGUUCCUCUGCCUGGAUUUCAUGGAAAAGCAACACUGAUUGUAAAAGCAGUGUUCAUGUUUUCUUAUAUAAUAGUACAGUUGAAAAAUCAUGACAAACUCAAGGUUAACCAAAUUUGGAAUUCUUGCAAAAUCUUUAAGGUCGGGAUCUCUUGUCUCAAGUGAUACAAACAUUAUCCAAAUAAAGGUUUAAUUAAGACAGGUCCUCUUUUAGGUGGUA